CUUAACGUAUAGCAAUCAAUUAUUGAUAAUAAAAUUAUAUAAAAAUACACAUUUUUAAUACACAAUGUCAUCUAUAGAAAGUCCAAUACCGCUAUCCGAAAUUGAGUCAGUACUAGCUUGGGUCGAUACUUUUAAAUUAUCGCGACCAACUAAGAAAAUUAACAGGGAUUUUUCUGAUGCAGUACUUUUAGCAGAAAUCCUAAGCGUGCACUAUCCGAAGCUAGUAGAGAUGCACAACUACCCCCCGAGAAAUAGUCAUUCGUUGAAACUAAACAAUUGGAUGACGUUAAAUAGGAAAGUGCUGAAGAAACUGAAGUUAAACCUGUGCUGUAAUACUAUGGAGCAGUUGGCUAAUUGUGCACCUGGGGUUAUUGAAAGAGUACUGAUAAUGGUGAGAGAUAAAAUUCGACACGACGAAGAACUGAACAGAAGUACGAAUCCUGAACAAAAUGUUUCCAGCGGCGGCAGUUACUACGAGGCUUGUGGAGACGAAGAACAUGUGCUUGUUGUCCCCGUGAAGUCAAGAGUGAAUGGUGUAUUGGAGACCAUACAACAGAAGGUCGUCAGUUAUGAGUCUUAUAUGACGCUGAAGCAGGAGCUAAAGGAUACGAAGGAUUCUAUAGAAGUGCUUAAACAAAAGGUAGACCAUCUUGACAGAUUAAUUAAACUAAAAGAAGAAAGAAUUGAUGAAUUACAAAAGCAGUUGGAACGAAAACAAUCUAGACGUAAAGAGAUAGAAGCGUUACAGAACAGUCUUGUUAUUCCAUUCGAAACGGAACCACCUUCUCCAAAACUCGAUGAUAUUGUGAACGCACCAAAUAAACCACUGCUUGUAAAAACUUCUGAGUCAGCCAGCAAAAUACCCAAGCUAGAAGACUUUAAUAAAACUCCUAAACAAGUCGAAUCAGUAAAGUUAGAUGAAUCUAUUAAACAACCAAAAAUAGAUGGGUUUCUUAAAGAUCCGAAGAAAGAAGAUCCUACAAAAGUCGCUAAAGCAGUAGAAUAUGAAGUGUCCAAAUCAGAGGAACCUAUUAAAGUAUUUAGAUUGGAAGAAUCUAAAAUUCCAAUUCCCAAAGUAGACGUAAUUAAAUCUUUAUCUAAGCCUAGUAUAACCGAAGUUGCAUCAGAGGAGUUUACAAAAGAACCACCUAAAAUUGAAAAUGUGAAAUCUGAAGUUUUUAAAGAAAUAGAAAUUAUAGAUCAGCGAACUUUUGAUGCGUUACUCGAUAACGAAGAGUACAUAGAUAGUGAGUCAGGAAAUAAUGUCAUGACUAUAGCGAAUUCGAUACAAAAAGAGAUAAAUGAUAUUAGCAAAAUGAAUUUUAUUCAAAAUAUAAAUAAAGUUAUACACAUGUGA